CUCACGGUGGUGCCUGGGCGAUGCGAUGCUGUUGCUGUGGGUUUGAUUGACAGGAAACAUGUCGGUGUGGUGGGAGAGAACCGGGAUGCAGCUGCUGCCUAGGGAGACAGGGAGUACCUGCAUCCAGUCCGCACAUCAGCACCUUUAAAACCAGCAGGCUUUUCCCCGAUGCGUCUACUUAUGGUGCGCUGAACAGCUUCUUCUUGUUCUUUUCUUUUUUCCCCCCCCAAACAUACAUUUGAAAGAAGUGGAACCCAAUGGAUGCAGACCGCGUAGUCCCGCUUGGUAUCUUCAUACUGUGUUUGAUUUAGCCCACAACCAGAGACACCUUGAUGAAACAGCAGGAACUACGAGGACUGUUGUUGCAAUGGAGUCGAUUCUCUCACGGCUCAAAGCCCGUCUCUAAACCUUCAACAUCUCGUUUCAUGGCGUUUUGCAGGUUGCUCCGUUCCGUGGGUUUCACCACGCUCUUUUCCUGAAUAAUCAUCAAUAUUUUUACUCCCUUGUUUUUGAAUUAAUUCAUUCCUUUUUUGUUAAGUGCAACGGAAAAAUAACGUCCACUGUUCACAAAACUAUGAACGAGGAGAUGACAAAAAGCGAGGAGCAGCAUCUUAGUUUGCAGAAAGCCUUGCAGCAGUGCGAGUUGGUGCAAAAUAUGAUAGACAUAAGCAUUUCUAGUUUGGAGGGUUUACGGACCAAAUGUGCCACAUCCAACGACUUGACACAAAAAGAGAUACGAACGCUUGAGGGGAAGUUGGUAAAGUACUUCAGCCGCCAGCUGUCCUGUAAGUGCAAAGUGGCCUUAGAGGAACGCAGUGCCGAGCUGGAGGACUUUCCUCGCCUCGGCCACUGGUUCCGCAUUGUCAACUUGAGGAAAGAGGUCACACAGGAAAUGAGUCCAGGUGAGGUGACCCUGGAGGGCUUGCUGGAGAUGAGCGAGGAGCAGGUGUGUGAGCUGCUGCAAAAGUUUGGUGCCAGUGAAGAGGAGUGUGCCCGUCUCAACGCUUCCCUCUCCUGCCUCAGAAAGGCCCACCAGCUCGAACAACUUGAGGAGGAUAAAUUGCACAAUAAUGGAGGGAGCCAGACCAAACAGGACUGGUCCAUUCAGUGGCCAACAUCAGAAUCUGGCAAAGAAAACACUCCGGUGUGCCAGCCAGAGGCCAGUCAGUGGAUUCGGUUCCAGCUCUCUCAAAGCCCCAAAGUCCAGUCCAAGUACAACCAGCACAUGUGCCACAGCCCACAGGCCCUGGCCCCCCCUUUGUAUGCCGAUCGACUCACUGUCGACAGCCCCUCUUCAGGGCUCUUCCCUCCCUUGGACUCUGGUCAUCGCUCCCUGCCCCCAUCACCUCGCCAGAGGCAUUUUGGUCACACCCCUCCUCGGACUCAUUUGGUGGUCAACACCAUGACCCCACCUGGCACUCCUCCCAUGCGGCGAAGGAAUAAGGUGAAGGCCCCAGGAACACCACCUCCGCCAAGCCGCAAACUUAUCCAUCUUUUGCCAGGCUUCACCGCUCUGCACCGCAGCAAAUCCCAUGAGUUCCAGCUGGGGAACCGCUUGGAUGACACACAGACACCAAAAGCCAAGAAGAAGACCAAGCCCUUGAACCUUAAGAUCCACAGCAGUGUGGGCAGCUGUGAGAACCUGCCCACACAGCGCUCACCCCUCCACACUGAACGAUCUCUGCGAUCCUUCUUCUUCCCCUCUUUCAUCCCUUCUACACCACCUGUUCAUGCCGAAACACCCUCUGCAAACACUCUCUCAGUGCCUCGCUGGUCCCCACAGAUUCCCCGACGAGAUCUGGGAAACUCAAUAAAACACAGGUUUUCCACGAAAUACUGGAUGUCCCAGACAUGCAUAGUAUGUGGAAAGGGAAUGUUGUUUGGACUGAAAUGUAAAAACUGCAAGCUGAAGUGCCACAACAAAUGCACCAAAGAAGCCCCACCUUGCCAUUUACUGAUCAUUCAGCGAGGCGGACGGGAAUCCCUCAAAGAUCAUCAAGGAACAACUCAAGUAGCUCGUCUGGUACGGACUGAAUCAGUGCCAUGUGACAUCAAUAACCCGCUCAGGUACACAGACCUGCACAUCAGUCAGACGCUCCCCAAAACCAACAAAAUCAACAAGGAUCACAUCCCAGUCCCAUACCAACCGGACUCCAGCAGUAACCCCUCAUCCACCACCUCCUCCACCCCUUCCUCCCCAGCUCCUCCAUUGCCCAGCAGUGCCACGCCACCCUCCCCUCUGCACCCCUCCCCACAGUCAGCAAGGCAACAGAAACAGUUCAACUUAACAGCCUCCAGUUAUUUCAAAUACAAGCAACAGUUCAUAUUCCCCGAUGUUGCUCCCGAGGCUCCUCCCAGUCGAGCUCCGCAGGUCAUUCUGCAUCCCGUUCUUUCUGAACCAGGCAAUGAGGGCAACCCUUUGCUUCAAAUCGAAGUUGAACCUACAUCAGACAAUGAGGAAGGCAAUGAUGAGGACUCUGGUGAUGAGUUUGAGGAGAUGAACUUGUCGCUCCUGUCGGCUCGAAACUUCCCACGUAAGGCCAGUCAGACCAGUAUCUUCCUGCAGGAAUGGGACAUCCCCUUUGAGCAACUAGAGAUUGGGGAGAUGAUUGGUAAGGGUCGCUUUGGAAAGGUUUUCCAUGGACGAUGGCAUGGCGAGGUCGCCAUUCGCUUAAUUGACAUUGAGCGUGAUAACGAAGACCAGCUGAAGGCCUUCAAACGUGAGGUGAUGGCCUACCGAAACACUCGCCAUGAAAAUGUGGUGCUCUUUAUGGGGGCCUGCAUGAGCCCACCACAUCUGGCCAUCAUUACCAGCUUUUGUAAAGGCAGGACACUUUAUUCUGUAGUGCGAGAUGCCAAAGUUGUCCUGGAUGUUAACAAGACACGACAGAUUGCGCAAGAGAUGGUCAAGGGGAUGGGCUACCUCCACGCAAAGGGGAUCUUACACAAAGACAUGAAGUCCAAGAAUGUGUUUUAUGACAAUGGCAAAGUCGUCAUCACUGACUUUGGGCUCUUCACCAUAUCUGGAGUUCUGCAGGCUGGCAGCCGCAGAGAAGAUAAACUGAGGAUCCCCAACGGCUGGUUGUGCCACCUAGCCCCUGAAAUCAUCCAGCAGCUCUCUCCAGAAACAGAAGAGGACAAGCUUCCUUUCUCCAAGCAGUCAGAUGUCUUUGCUUUUGGCACCAUCUGGUACGAAUUACACGCACGUGAAUGGCCUUACAAGAGUCAACCAGCAGAGGUGAUCAUAUGGCAGAUCGGCAGUGGGAUGAAACCCAAUCUUGCACAAACUGGCAUGGGGAAGGAGAUAUUAGAUAUUCUGCUCCUCUGCUGGGCAUACAAGCCAGAGGAGCGACCCAGCUUCUCCAAGCUGGUAGAUUUACUGGAAAAGUUGCCAAAAAGGAACCGCCGCCUUUCCCACCCAGGGCACUUCUGGAAGUCAGCUGAGUAUGUCAAAUAAGUUAGGGACAUAAAACGGCAAACAAUCAGCAAGUAUAAAAAAGCAGCCGCCAUAACUCCACAUAAAUAACCCACCUCCUUAAAGAAUGCACUGAAUCCAAAAGCCAGCCCAGUGAUGAAAACUGCCCGUGCUGUGUGUAUUUUCAUGGAAUGUUGGCAUGUGUGUGUACAGAUACGUUGACUGUCCAGUUUCUCAAAGCAGUCGGGACUCAUAUUUUCUUUGGUUUGAUUCACACCAUACUGGAUAUAUUUCCUUUAUCUUUUUGUCUUUUACUAUUGACUUGUUCCCGUCAUUAUAUUUAUUUCUUGGCUGUAUCUUGCUUGUAAUUUCAAACAGAUCACGUCAUCCUGGACUUAAAAAAAAAAGUUUUGAACAAAUGUUGUUUUUUGUGUUUUUUUUCCAUGUUUUAUUCUCGUUUGGUUCGAAUGAGUGUAAACGUUGAACAUCACAUAUUGUAUAUAUUCAUAACAUUAUGUUGCCAUUCCUUAUGUUUGUCAAAUGUGUAGACCAUUUUGUCAGCGUUACCUCAUUGUCUCAUGUGUGGAUGUCCAGGUUUCAUCUUUGUCUCAAAUGUUUUGUCUAACUGAAAAUGCCCUUUUAUUUACACCGUACCAUUUGAAUGUGAAGAAGCCAGCAUCCCUGUUUGUGUGGGGAUGUGUUUGCCCAGUUCUUUGAUGGGAGACUGUUCUCUGAUCAGCCUGUGCUUUGAAUAUUGCCUGUGAACAUAAGCUAGAUGUUUGAACAAUAACAGCCUUUGGGAAAAAAAAGAAAAAGAAAAAAAAAAGCCACCGGUCAGACCAGGAAUCCCCUACUUGACGAUGUUCUGUGAAAUUGCUGACACUUGAAAUGUAGUUUUCGUCAGCUGAACUAAUUACCUUUCGGUAGUGCUGUCAC